CCUUGUAUGAUAGACACUCACUCCUGGUUCCUUCUUCCAGUCAAUAAAAGCCGAUAUCUCGCCUACGUCUCAGUGUGAGUUAUUGAUGGUGCAUCAAUUUUAUUGACUGGAAGUUUUAAAACAUGGAACCCGUUUUGCGUCCGGACCGGUUGGAUUUGGACCCUCAAGACCCUGACGCAGCUCUCGCUUUUGAACACUGGCUUGCAUGCUUCCAAUCGUACUUGGCGGAGCUUCGUGCGACUGAACCCGCCGUUAUGCACAGAAUCCUACUCUCGAGGGUCACCCCCAAAGUUUACUCCUUUAUCCGGGACCUGCCGACCUACGAAGGGGCACUGGACGCCCUCAAACGACAGUACCUGCGGCCGGUGAACACCGUCUACGCAAGACAUCGCUUAGCUACCCGGCAACAGCGGCCUGGCGAAUCGUGCGCUGAGUUUCUCCGAGCACUACAGACGCUCGUCCGAGCUUGUGACUGCAAGACGCUCACGGCAGAACAGCAUGCGGAGCUGCUGGUGCGAGACGCCUUUGUGACGGGACUGAGGUCAGUGUACAUGCGCCAGCGGCUGCUGGAGAACUCGGAUCUUACCUUAAGCUCGGCGAUAGAGAAGGCCAACGCUCUAGAAGCUGCGCGGCAUAACGCCGACGCUGUCCAGUCGCGCGAUUCCCCGCCGGUUCCGUGGACGCCUCAGACCCCGCCACCGCCGGCUCCCGGGAGCGAAUUCGCCAACGCCGCCGCCAGUCGCCAUUCCACGAGCUCCCCGACCCAGACCACGGCUGUGGCCCGUAAGAAACUCGGGCCUUGUUAUUUCUGUGGCCAAAAGAAACAUCCUCGACAACGCUGUCCAGCGCGAGAAGCGACCUGCUCCAGCUGCGGAAAGCGGGGCCACUUCGCCAAGGUCUGUAAGUCUCAACCUCGAGCGGAGUGCAGCGCUGCGGGUGAAACGUGGGGGCCGCCAUCUUGCAUGCCGGGAUGUGGGCGGCCAUCUUUGUCGACGUCAGCACGCCCCGCCCCCGAUCCUCGGAUGCUGACCGGGUACCCCAGAUGUGAGCGGCCAUCUUUGUCGACGUCAGCACGCCCCGCCCCCGAUCCUCGGAUGCUGACCGGGUACCCCAGAUGUGAGCGGCCAUCUUUGUCGGCGUCAGCAUGCCCCGCCCCCGACCCUCCGAUGCUGACCGGGUACCCCGACGGCGAUCCAACUCUGGCCACUGUGACUCUCGACCAAAGCGCCCCACACCAGCUUGCAAGAUCCAUGAUGGACAUCCAGGUGGAGGGGCAUUGGACUGGAUGUCUGUUUGACACGGGCAGCACUGGGAGUUUUAUUCACCCGGACACAGUGCAACGCUGCGGACUUGCAACGCGGCCGGUCAGUCGGAGGUUCCAUUUGGCCUCUGGGUCGCAGUCCGCAGACAUCCGGGCGGGUUGUGUAGCGACUUUGGUGGUGCAAGGCACAGUAUAUCGGGACUUUGAACUGCUGGUCAUGCCUAAUCUGUGUGCACCUGUGCUAUUGGGGCUGGACUUCCAGAGCCAUCUCGAAAGUGUGACUAUGGUAUACGACGGGCCCCUCCCACCACUCACUGUCAAGAAUCCUCAGUUUUGUGGGACUUCUUCACAUACCCCGCUACUGACCACACACACACACGGACACACACAUCCCAUCCAGAACCAGGCCAACAGCUGCGCUACCGACACUUGCAGCCUCUCCACUCUCAAGAUCCCUCCCCCACCGCUGUUCGCCAACCUGACCCCCGACUGUAAACCUGUGGCAACCAAAAGCAGGAGGUACAGCGCGGGGGACCGGGCCUUCAUUCGGUCGGAGGUGCAGCGGCUGCUCAGGGAGGGGAUCAUUGAGCCGAGCACAAGCCCUUGGAGGGCCCAGGUGGUUGUUGUUCGGACUGGGCAGAAAAAUAGGAUGGUGGUGGACUAUAGUCAAACCAUCAAUAGGUUUACGCAGCUUGACGCAUACCCCCUACCCCGCAUCGCGGAUAUGGUCAACCAGAUUGCUCAGUAUAAGGUGUACUCGACAAUAGAUCUGAAAUCCGCUUAUCACCAGCUCCCCAUCUGCCCAGAGGACCGCCCCUACACCGCCUUCGAGGCGGGCGGCCGGCUCUAUCACUUCCUGCGCGUCCCUUUCGGUGUCACGAAUGGUGUCUCUGUCUUCCAGAGGGAAAUGGACCGGAUGGUGGACCAGUACCAACUGCAGGCCACAUUUCCCUAUCUGGAUAACAUCACCAUCUGUGGUCAUGACAGGCCAGAUCACGACGCCAACCUCCGACAGUUUCUCCAAGUGGCCGCAGCUCUGAACCUUACUUAUAACAGGGACAAGUGUGUUUUUGGUACCACCCGCCUUGCUAUACUUGGUCUGUCACUGGGACCACCCUACCAGUUUGGCUGACGUCCCCGGGGCCAGUGCUGCUCCGGAAACAUGUGAGGAGCAAUAAAUACUCCCCGCUGGUGGAGAGGGUUCACCUUCUCCAUGCGAACCCCCAGUAUGCUUACGUGGUCUUACCUGAUGGGCGGGAGGAUACGGUCUCCAUCCGCGACCUGGCACCCGCAGGUGCAGCAGACCACUACCCUGAAGGCUCUCCGGUAACUGUGAACCCUGCACCAGAGGUGACACCGUACGCACCAGGCCCUACACAGACUCCUCACGACACUUGUAUACCGGGCGUUUCGUACGCGUUUAUACCAGGCGCCUCGCACAUGCAUGAGGGAUCACCGGCGCCUAGUGGGCAAGAACACGCGCAACCCCCGUCCCCUGUGCAAUCGCCAAUGUUGCCGGCACCUAUGGGGUCACAGCCGGUGCUACGUAGAUCGCAGCGACAGAUUCGACCGCCUGAUCGGCUUGACUUGUAAGAACCUUCGCUACAUGAGGACUUUUUCAAACGAAGGGGGGGUGAAUGUGGUGAACUAUGUGCCUGUCGGGACACGCCCCUGCUGACUGCUCCUGUGGCU